AUGGUUUUGGAGGAGCAGCGAUACAUCCACGAGGACCUCGAGCGGCUCGAACAGGGCAUCUCCGAACGGAUUGAUGAGGAACCGAAGCACAUUCGCGACCGAUUGAACCGCGACCAUGAAGUCGCCCAGUUGCUGGACCAGAUCCAGGCGCAAUCUUCCAAGCUCCUCGAUUUCUACCGCGACACCGACGGUCACCUCUCCCGGGAAAUCCAGCAACUCAGCACUGGCGACCCCUUUGAGCAGUUUUAUAACCAGCUGAAAGGCGUUCGCGAUCACCAUGCCAAAUACCCCAACGAACAGGCGGAGAACUUGGAAGCUCGGUAUCGGGCGACAAAGGCCGGCGAUGCGCCCAUGCCCUACAUUGUCGACUCACUGUUCUCUGGUGAAGAGGGGUUUGGGCGCUUCUUCGAUCUCUAUACGUCCCACGAGGCCUAUCUCAACCUGCCCAACGUCAAGCGCUUGACGUACCUGCAGUACCUGGAGGUCUUUGACAACUUUGCGCCAGGGUCCGGUGGCCUGAAACGAGGCGAUAAACUGACAGAUCAAUACUUCAAAUACGUCGGUGACUUGUCAGCGUACCUUGAAUCCUUCAUGAGACGGACACGACCUCUGGAAAACCUCGACAAGGUCUUCGCAGGCUUCGAGACGGACUUUGAAGCGGCUUGGGAAAAGGACGAGAUCCCUGGAUGGAAAAACGAGGGCGCUGCAAACGGCGCAAACACGACCAGCACGCCCGAUGCGAUAUGGUGCGAAGACUGCGAAAAGGAGUUCAAGAAUGAAAACGUCCACAAAGCACACUUGGCAGGAAGGAAACACAUCAAGGCCGCAGCAGCGCGACAAGCGCGGCAGGCAGACGGGGAGGAAAUCACAAACGGCAACGGAGCCAAGAUCUCGGCAACGCGGUUGAAGGAGCGCGCCGUGGCCGAGCGAGAAUACAGAGUGAAGCGCCUGGCGGCGGCCAUGAGCACGGAACGAGACGACACCCGUGUCAACGUCGAGCGCAAGCAGGGCAUGACGGAGCGUGAGCGCCAGCAGGAGCUCGACAACCUGAUGAGCCUGUCCGGCGGCGACCAGCAGGAGCGCACAGAGGACCAAGACGGCGAGGACGACGACGGCGAGGAAAAGAUUUACAACCCGCUGAAGCUGCCCCUCUCGUGGGAUGGCAAGCCGAUUCCCUACUGGCUGUACAGGCUGCACGGCCUCGGUGUCGAGUUCCCAUGUGAGAUCUGCGGCAACUUCGUCUACAUGGGCAGGAGGGCGUUCGACAAGCACUUUAAUGAAGCGCGGCACGUUCACGGCCUGCGGUGCCUCGGCAUCACGAAUACGAGUUUGUUCCGCGACAUCACUAGCAUCGAGCAAGCGACGAAUCUGUGGGAGAAAAUCCAGCGCGAAGCCAAGAAAAACAAGGUGGAUGACGGCAGCAUCGUGCAGAUGGAGGACGGCGAGGGCAAUGUCAUGCCCGAGAAGGUAUACUAUGAUUUGCAGAAGCAGGGCUUGUUGUAA